AUGGUGCUUUGGUUUAUAAGUGCAUGUUUCAUUCCAGAAAUGAGUAACAUGGAGCUGGUUAAAAAACUAGCAGGUGCUUGGAAGGAGUUACCAGCAUCACAGAAGCAGGUUUAUGAGAACGCUAGAAAGACAGACUGGCAAAGGUAUGUGGAGCAGUUGACGGCGUAUAAAGCACAGCUAACUCCGGCCCAGGCUGCAGCUUUGAAAGAAGAAAGGAGAAAACGACUGGCAAAAAGAAGAUCAUUCAGGGCAAAAAGAGAACUGACUGUGCUUGGAAAACCUAAAAAACCUCGUAGCGGCUUUAACAUUUUUGUGUCAGAAAACUUUCGAGAAUGUGAGGGAGCUACACCUGUGGCAAAGCUGAAGCAAUUAUAUGACACAUGGCGAAAACUGUCCAGUCCUCAAAAGCAGCCAUACCUGCAGCUUGCUGAAGAUGACAAGGUUCGGUAUGAAAACGAAAUGAAGUCGUGGGAAUCAAAAAUGGUUGAACUCGGACGUGAAGACCUGAUACGUUCCAGAAGGCAAAAGCCAAAAAAGAAAACUGCUGAAACUACAAAGGAAGCUGGAAAAGCCAAAGCUUCCUCACAUGAAAAAAAGGCAAAAUUAAAGUUGAAAAAAUCAGAAGAAUAA